AUGACCGAACUUAUCAAUAAAAUUAAAAUAAUUCGACAUGGGUAUCCAAAUGCUACACGUAUUUAUCAAUUUCUUCUUGCAUUACCAAUAACUGUUGCGACAAAUGAACGUUGUUUUUCGAAAUUAAAAUUGAUUAAAAACAAGUUACGGUCUACAUUAAUGCCUGACAAAAUGGAAUGGUUGAUAAUUUCUUCAGCAGAAAGAGAUUUAUUAGAAAAUGCUGAUUUAUCAAGUUUUGCUGAAGAAUAG